AUGGAUAACAGUCCCACAAAGCUGGAUUAUUAUCAUGACAUGUGGAACCUCCAAUCUACUGCCACACUUGUUUCUCAUUUCAAGGGAGAUGAUGGGAGGCAUGUUUUGAUAUUGGAUCGGACUAUUUUCUAUCCGCAAGGUGGUGGUCAACCGGCAGACACUGGGUUCAUACACAUUCAUGGCUUUGAUGCCAAGUUUUUGGUUCAUGAUGUUCGAUCAAAAGAUGGAAUUGUUUUACAUUAUGGCGUAUUUGAGGGUUUUGGAGAGGAGUUUGAGACCAUACUCGAGAAAGGGAAGGAGGUUUCUCUAUUUGUUGACGAGCAUAGACGAAAAUUGAAUUCUAGGUUGCAUUCAGCAGGACAUUUGCUUGAUAUUUGUAUGUCAAAAAUUGGAUUAGGUCAUUUAGAGCCCGGAAAAGCUUACCAUUUUUCUGAUGGGCCUUGGGUUGAAUAUAAAGGUGUAAUUCCACAAAAUGAAAUGCAGAAUAAGCAAAAGGAGCUAGAGCUAGAAGCUAAUUCUUUAAUUUCCAUGGGUGGGAAGGUUUCUGCUGAUAUAUUACCAUAUGAUGAAGCUGCUAUGCUUUGUGGUGGUAUUCUUCCUGAUUAUGUUUCUAAGGAAAGCACGCCUCGCAUUGUGCGGAUAGGGGAUAAUCCGGGAUGUCCCUGCGGUGGUACACAUGUUUUAGAUAUUUCGGACAUUACAAAAGUUAAGGUUUCUCAAAUUCGGUCGAAGAAGGGAUUGACAAAAGUAUAUUACAAUAUUGAAUCUUAG